GUGGUCUACAAUGUUGGUCUGUGCAUCUGCUUGUACGACAUCACUAAACUGGAGGACUCCUAUAUAUUCCCCGGAGACGGAGCCUCACACACCAAAGUUCAUUUCAGGUAUGUGGUUUUUCAUCCAUUUCUCGAAGAGAUCCUCGUCGGCAAGAUCAAGUACUGCAGCCAAGAGGGAGUUCAUGUGACGAUGGGCUUCUUUGAUGACAUUCUCAUUCCCCCAGAGUCACUUCAACAGCCUGCAAAAUUUGAUGAAGCAGAGCAAGUUUGGCUUUGGGAAUAUGAGACGGACGAGGGGGCCCAUGACCUCUACAUGGACCAAGGAGAGGAGAUCCGUUUUCGGGUGACAGAUGAAGUCUUUGUGGAUACGUCGCCAACGGGCCCAGCCACCGCAGCAACAGACGCACCGGCACAACCGGGACAGUCGACGGCGCCACCCACAGAGGACAGUGGGGAGAAGAAAGAGGCACCGUACACUCUGAUUGGGACCAUCUGUGAGCCGGGCCUAGGGUUGCUGUCAUGGUGGAACAGUUAGCACUGCAGAGGACGAGGACGAUAUUUGGAAGUUGCGAACAGAUCAACCGUCAUGACCGUUUGGACUGACGAAGGACGGUCGGCUGGAGACACUGAACCCUGUUGUUUGGGUGCAGAAGUCAAGACAAAAGUCAAACCGCUUUCUGAACCAAGAUAGUGUCGGUGUAAAGUGACUGAUGUAAAGUCUGUCACACUGAUACUGACUGUGUGGUAAACACUGCCCUUAACAUACCAGCUUCAUGUUUAUAUGUAGAGUUUGCCAUGUAUUUAAUGACAAAAUGAUUGAUGGACAUUUCGUUUGGUAUAUUCCACAAGAUUUUGACCCCCAAUUGUCAUCACUACUUUAUAAUGAUAGUCAGACAUUCACAGGUCAUAAAGUAGGUGCUGUUUGAAACUGAGCUGAAAACUGAACAGCAAGCAUGGAUAAAUGUGAUCCCAGUGUGCCGACACGCUUUUGUUUUGAGGUGAGAUAAAUACGGCCGAGUGACUUCUGUUGAUAUAAACUGACCUGUGGAUCAGAGAUCAAGAUUUAAACAAAGGUAACGCUGUUUGGACCUACAUAAAUAUAUAAUUGAAUAUAAAAAAUAUUUUUUUCAACGAUCCAGUGUGUAGGAUUUAGUGGCAUCUAGCGGUGUGGUUGCAGAUAGGAAAUCCAUCGCUUCACCCUACCUUUCCAAGCGCGAGGGAGAAACUACAGUGGCCACAAAACGUGUGAACAGCCCUAUCUAGAGCCAGUGUUUGGUUUGUCUCUUCUUUCUCGUCUGUGCUACUGUAGAAAUGUGGCAGUUCAAAAUGGCGGACUCCAU